CAUGGAUGGAUGCGAUCCAUCAUAGCUCUGAGCCGUCAGCUACCUUAUCACCAACACACAACAUGCUUCCAGUUCUGGCCGACAGGAAGAGGGUCAAUGGGCCAUUGGGUGGGACCAGCGCACCCAUCUACUCAAAAUAUCUUGCCAAAGACCCCAAAGAACUUCCAGAGAGGCCGACGAGGUCACGGCCGAACAAUGUUCUGCGGAAAAUGUGUAGGUUUGCGCGAAUCAUGAAUAACUUCAAUCACUUCCACUCUGAUACUUGACAGUUUUGAAGACGGGAGUCACACCCUCAGCCUCAGGAUCAGCAUAUCUCGAGCUCGCCGCCCCCAUAAACUCCAAAUCCGUUGCUCCUGGCCUAGCCUCUCUCUCCCCUUCUGGAUUGAAGCUCACUUGCACUGUUCAUGGGCCCCGACCUUUGCCUAGAACUGCGCAAUUCUCUCCACAUAUUAUUCUCACCACUCACGUCAAAUACGCCCCAUUCGCAACCCGAAAACGAAGAGGAUACCUCAAGGAUUCAAAUGAACGAGAUCUUGGAGUACAUCUUGAGGCAGCGUUGCGCGGAGUGAUCAUUGGAGAUCGAUGGCCAAAAAGUGGAGUGGAGGUCAUUAUCACCAUCCUGGAAGGAGAGGAAGACCAGUGGUGGGGAGAUGAUAUUAGUCGAGGAAAUACGAGUGCAACGGGAUGGGGCAUGAUGAGUGUUCUCAGCGGUUGUAUCACCGUUGCCUCUGCCGCUAUUGCUGAUGCUGGAAUUGAUUGUGUGGACGUUGUUGCUGGUGGAGUAGCUGCGGUGGUCAAAGAAGCUGGCAUUCCAAACUUGGUUUUGGACCCAGUUCCAUCAGAGCACAAGGACAUCAUUGCUGCCUGCAUUGUGGCUUAUCUACCUUCUCGUGAUGAAAUCACAGAUCUCUGGGUCAAGGGUGAAAUCGGACAUCAAAAUCAGGCAGAAGACAGGCCACAGACUUCUACGUACGAAGAACUGACGGACAACGCUGUACAAGCUGCAUUGGGAGCACACAGAGUCUUGAUUUCGGCUCUUAAAGAAACAGCGGACGUCAAAUUAGGACGAACAUGA